AUCCAACAAUGCCUUCCCUUCCCCGGCUGCAUCCCCACCGCUCUCCCCAUUGCCGCAGGUCGGGCGCGCGGUGACGGAGCGCCCCGGGGCGUCCCCUCGGUGCAGCUCUCAGAGUGGGGUUGAUCCCCCCCGGCUCCCCACUGCUUGCAGCGAGCUGAGGAUGGAGCGCUUCGUGUUCUGGGGCGUUCUGCUGGCGUGCUGUGCCCGCAUCCGAGCGGCGGAGCCGGGCGCUGUGCCCCCGUGCCCGUCUCAGUGUCACUGCGAGCAGGACGGCGUCGCGCUGUCGGUGGACUGCUCCGAGCUGGGGCUGCCCGAGGUCCCCUCCGCCCUGAGCCCGCUGACCGCCUACCUGGAUCUGAGCAUGAACAACAUCAGCCAGCUGCAGCCCAACGCCUUCCGCCGCCUGCGCUUCCUGGAGGAGCUACGCCUCUCUGGAAACCAGAUCUCCAGUAUCCCAGGGGAAGCUUUCUCUGGCCUCUACAGCCUGAAGAUUCUGAUGCUGCAGAACAAUCAGCUGAGCCGCAUCCCUGCAGAGGCACUGAGAGAUCUUCCAAACCUCCAAUCUCUACGCCUGGAUGCCAACCUCAUCUCCGUGGUGCCCGAGGAGAGCUUCGAGGGGCUGCAGUCCCUGCGGCACCUCUGGCUGGACGACAACGCGCUGACGGAGAUCCCGGUGCGGGCGCUGAACCGCCUCCCAGCGCUGCAGGCCAUGACGUUGGCGCUCAACCAGAUCUGGCGCAUCCCUGAUUACGCCUUCCAGAACCUCAGCAGCCUCGUGGUGCUGCACCUUCACAACAACCGCAUCCAGCGCCUGGGGGCCAACGGCUUCGAUGGGCUGCACAACCUGGAGACGCUGGAUCUCAAUUACAACGAGCUGCUGGAAUUCCCGGGGGCCAUUCGGACGCUGGGCCGGCUGCAGGAGCUUGGUUUUCAUAACAACAACAUCAAAGCUAUCCCAGAGAAUGCAUUUGUUGGGAAUCCCCUUCUCCAAACAAUCCAUUUUUAUGACAACCCCAUCCAGUUUGUUGGACAGUCUGCCUUCCAGUACUUGCCAAAGCUACACACUCUGUCUCUCAAUGGUGCAACGGACAUCAGAGAAUUCCCAGACCUAAAAGGCACCACCAGCCUAGAAGUUUUGACGCUGACCCGGGCGGGCAUCCGCCUCCUCCCCAGAGCUGUGUGCCAGCAGCUGCCCAACCUCCGUGUCCUAGAGCUGUCACACAACAAAAUCGAAGACCUGCCCAGCUUCCACCGGUGCCAGCGGCUGGAGGAGCUUGGUCUCCAGCACAACAGAAUCCACGAGAUCAGAGCGGACACCUUUGUGCAGCUGACAGCCCUGCGCUCCAUAGACCUGAGCUGGAACGACAUCCAUUUCAUUCACCCCGAUGCCUUCGUGACGCUGCGCUCGCUCACCAAGCUGGAUCUGUCAGACAACAGGCUGGCAGCGCUGCCGCUGGGCGGGUUGGGCAGCCUGACCCACCUGAAGCUGCAGGGCAACCCGGCGCUCUCCGAGCCCUUUGCUGAGGACAGCUUUCCCAAAUUAAGAGUCCUCGAGGUACCUUACGCCUACCAGUGCUGCGCCUAUGGAAGCUGCAGUGGGUUCUUCAGAGCGUCCAACCAGUGGGAGGCAGAAGGCGCGAGCCCUGAGGAUGAAGAUCCCCACAGGAGGGCCCUGGAGCUCUUCCCAGGUCACGCAGACAACCACUAUGACCUCGAGGCUGAUGAGCUCCAGCUGGACCUUGAGGACUCGAAGCUGCACCCCUCUAUCCAGUGCACGCCCAGCCCCGGUCCCUUCAAGCCUUGUGAGCACUUGUUUGAGAGCUGGAUCAUUCGCCUGGGCGUCUGGGUCAUCGUUCUGGUCUCGGUGCUCUGCAACGGGCUGGUGGUCCUGGCCGUCUUUGCCUCUCCCAGCUACCUCUCUCCAGUUAAGUUUGUCGUCGGCUCCAUAGCCGGAGCCAACACGCUGAGCGGCGUUUCCUGCAGCAUGCUGGCCCUCGUGGACGCCCUGACCUACGGCCACUUCGCACAGUUCGGCGCCAGGUGGGAGAGCGGCACGGGCUGCAGGGUGACCGGCUUCCUGGCCGUGUUCGCCUCCGAAGCCGCCAUCUUCCUGCUGACGUUGGCUGCGGUGCAGUGCAGCGUUUCGGUCUCCUGCGCGCGGGGCUGCAGGAAGGCGCCCUCCCUCGGCAGGGUGAAGGCCGCAGCGCUCGGCUGCCUCGUGCUGUCCUCCGCAGCUGCGGUUCUGCCUCUCUUCUCCAUCGGGGAGUACGGAGCAUCCCCGCUGUGCCUCCCAUACCCCAUCCCGGGUGGGAAACCUACCACCCUGGGCUUCACCGUGGCCCUGGCGAUGACGAACGUGCUCUGCUUCCUGGUGGUCACGGGCACCUACAUCCGACUGUACUGCAGCCUGCUGAAGGGCGAGUGCGGCACUGUCUGGGACUGCGCCAUGGUCAAGCACGUGGCCUGGCUGAUCUUCACCAACUGCCUCCUCUACUGCCCGGUGGCCUUCCUCACCUUCUCUUCCACGCUCAACCUCUUCCUCAUCACCCCGGAGGUCAUCAAAUCCGUCCUCCUGGUGGUCCUGCCCCUGCCCGCCUGCCUGAACCCCGUGCUCUACCUGCUCUUCAACCCCCACUGCAGGGAUGACCUCCGCCUGCUGUGGCAGAAGGGCCGGGACAGGGGCAGCUGCCCCCAGCCCUGCGGGCUCGACGACACGGAGAAAAGCUCCUACGACUCCACGCAGGCUCUGGUCAGCUUCUCUGACAUCGACCACAUAUUCGAGACGCCCGACUCCCUGGGAGCGCCCCCCAUCCUCGACAGCUACCGCUUCCCCUCCACGACGCUCGUGCCCUGCCAGCAAAGGAUGGGCGCCGGGGGGAGGGAGCGGGGCUGCUCCGAGCACUGCCUCUGCCUCAGUGACAGCGUGGUACUGACGGCUCCAGAGAGCGGGGAGCCGCCCUCCCGCAGCCCCCGGGCCGCCUCCUGCCCCCCCCCGCCCUACAUCUCUCACGUAUAGAGCUCGGAGCAGCCGUGCCCACAGCGCGGAGAGCCGGCGCGGAGCUGGGCGGCCAGCAAGGUGCCAGCGGGCUGCUUCACCUCCAGCACCAGCACGACCCGCCUACCCUCACCCCCCCACACACGCUGCCCGUUGCCAAGGUCCUGGAAGGGCUCUGACAGCUCCAGACGCUCCAGGCUGGCCACGGGAGGGGACCACGUUUCCCUGCUAGGGACUGCGUGGGAGGGAUCCCACCGGCUCAGGGAGACCCUCCUCCUCAUGGGCGGCAAAACCCAGCCCUAAGGACAGCUCAGUACACACAAAGCAGUGCUCUGCAGCAGAGACACAUGGAGGCAGCCCGCUGCAACCACACAGUCACCCAUAGGUGGUGGUAACCCCGGGUCCCUGCGGGCUUGCCGUUCCCUGGAAGUGGGCUUGUGUGCCCUUCACACCACCAGCUGCAAGGGCAGAGGAGAUGGGUUAUGAGCAGUGUACUCAUUGGGGCAGCUGAUGUCCAGGUGGUUUCUGUGCUGGGAGCCUUGCCGCUGGGCAGCGCCCACUCCUUCAGCCAACACCUGGGGCUGGGAUGCUGGGAUACUGCUCUUCCAACCCAACAAUGGGUCUCUGACUCCCAGAGCAGUCAAAUCCAAACUCCUCUCCCAAGAAACCCACAUGCUUUGCCUGUAGUCACCUGGCCAGAGUGUCCAGGAGGACAUGGGCCUCCCUCCCCCCCCCCCCCCCAGUGCCCUCCACCUUCGCACCUCCUGCCCAGAGCUGCCAGAUUCCAUUGGGAAUCGUGGGGAUGGGGUUCAUUCCCUGCCCCAAACCUCACCCUGUAACAGCUCUCACUUCAGGAGCACGUGUUCCCCCCACAGAACAGCCUAUGUGGGGGCUGUGCUUGUCCCCCCUGUUGUGAGGACAGAAGGGACAUAGAAGGGAACAGAAAUCAGCUCUGUGGAUGGCGGUGUCAGGAGGACGCAGUCCACUGCAAAUGGUCCCACAUUCUCUUCCCAUGGCUCAGGGAUCUCCCAGAUCCAUUCUCCCCAUCACAACACCACCCCCCCACCGCCUGGCGCCCGCGGUCAGCCCUGGGCAAAGCUUUGGUCCUGCUGGUGUUACCACAGCUGUAUCAGCCACCCAUCGCUGUGAGAUAAUAAAGGAGCCGCGCUGCUGACCAGUGGCUGCUUUCUGACCUUUGCGUUGUGCCCUGUUGGUUUGCCCUGCGGCUGCCCCCCCCCCCCCCCCCGGGGAGGUCUUUAUGUGCCUAAUUGUGUGUUGUUGUGUGUCGUUUUUUUGUGGUUGUUUGUUUGUUUUUUUGUUUUUGUUUUUCCCCUCCUGCAUUUCUUUCCAACUGAAUCAAUCAAUUAAAAUAACCGGAUUGUUCUCCUCUUC